AUGAUUAAUGCUGUUGCCGGUACUUUGCUCAUGUCCGAAUGUAAAAAACUUAACCAUCUCGGCAAAGCGAUGGAAGAUCAUAACACACUCGGCUACUACAACGUUUCCAAGGAGUUCUUCAUAAAGUUUAAAAAAAAUACCGUAACGAGACCUGCGCAGUCUACCAUAUCAGCAGAAACGAAUACAACGAAAGCUACGGCAGAAAAAUUGAGCCAAACUGAACCAACCUCCAAAGGAGCAUCUUCGACCUCGCCGGCACCGUCUAAACCGGUCGAUGGUCCGCUCGCAUUCCUGCGCGAUGACCCCGUCUUCACUCAGCUGAAGCGCCAACUGCAAGAGGAUCAAUCAAAGUUGCCGUAUCUAAUGCGGAAAACCCAAUCCAUCAACCGAGAUCUUAUGCGCAUCGUCACCGAUAACGCGGAGGAAUUUCUCAAACUAAUCAAUGAUCAAACAUCGGAGCCAUCUCUAGAGAACGGAGGAUCACAAGGCGUCGCCACCACAACGGUUAACAACCUGUCGCCGUCUGACGUGGACGCUAGUAAUCGUUUGAAGGAACUAGGAUAUCCUGAACAUCUUGUUAUCCAGGCGUACAUUGCGGGCGAACGCAACCUAUAUAAGGCGGCCGACUUUCUCGUCUCGCAGGCACUCGACGAUGACGACGAUUAG